UACACACUAUAUUGCCAGAAGUAUCGUCCCCGGCCUCCCAAUCAUGUGAUUCAGGUGUUCCAAUCCCCUCCAUGGACACAGGUGUAUACAAUCAAGCCCCUAGGCAUGCAGACUGCUUCUACAAACAUUGGUGAAAGAAUGGGUCGCUCUCAGGAGCUCAGUGACUCCAAGCGUGGUCCCGUGAUAGGUGGCCACCUGGGCAAUAAGUCCAUCCGUGACAUUUCCUGGCUACUAAAUAUUCCACGCUCAACUGUUAGUGGGAUUAUAACAAAGUGGAAGCAACUGGGAACAACAGCCACUCAGCCACCAAGUGGUAGGCCACGUCACAUGACAGGGCGGGGUCAGCGCAUGCUGAAGUGCACAGUGCGCAGAAGUCGCCAACUGUCUGCAGAGUCAAUAGCUAAAGACCUCCAAACUUGGUGUGGCCUUCAGAUGAGCCCAACAACAGUGCGUAGAGAGCUUCAUGGAAUGGUCCAUGAAUGGUCCAUGGCCGAGGAGCUGCAUCCAAGCUUUCCAUCACCAAGUGCAAUGCAAAGCAUCGGAUGCCUUGGUGUAAAGCAUGCCGCCACUGGACUCUAG